AUGUCGAAUGCACAGGAGAAUAGCGUGGCCGAAGCCCACAAGAUCUUCUACGACCAGGGUUUUAAGAUCCGAACCGAAGUUGCUGGCUCCGAACAUGUCCAACGCUCUCUUCAGAACAACUCGACCGAUUUUGCUCGGCCGAUGCAAGACCUCGCUACGGAGGUGGGAUGGGGAAUGAUCUGGGCCCGGCCGGGACUUGAGCGCAAGACCAGGAGCUUGCUAAAUAUCGCCAUGCUCUGUGCUUUGAACCGAAUGACUGAGCUAGCUGUGCAUGUCAGAGGGGCGGUUCACAACGGGGCGAGCGAGGUGGAGAUUCGAGAGGUUCUGAUGCAGGUUGCGAUCUAUUGUGGGUUUCCAGCAGGUCUCGAAGGGGUACGGGUAGCCGAAGGAGUAUUGAAGACCAUGCGAGAACAGAAGGAGUCUUGA